CCAGCUGCGGGAGGGAAGCGGAGAGCGAGGAGCGCGCGCGCGGCGGCAGGAGCUACGGCGGAGGCAGGGGCGGCAGGGGCGGCAGGGGCAGCGCGGGGUCCUGCCGGAGACGGGCGGCGGCGUGUUUUUCCAGACACCUGAGGAGGAGGAGCAGAGGCGGGAGGCGCCGGGGAGGCUGCGGUGGUCGCGGCCGUGCGCGGAGAUGUGGCCGUUGGUAGCAGCGCUGCUGCUCGGUACCGUGUGCGGCGGUUCUGCACAGCUGACAUUUAAUUCAACCAGAUUUGUAGAAGAAACUAUUUGCAAUGAAACUGUCGUGCUUCCCUGCAUUGUUAACAAUCUAGAGAUAAGGAACAUUAAAGUCAUGUAUGUAAAAUGGAAACACAGAGGAAAAGAAAUUUUUACAUUUGAUGGAUAUCAAAGUAAGCACAAUGCCAGUGAUAAUUUUAGAAGUGCAACAAUUGCAUUUCCGCUCUUACUAGAAGGAAAUGCCUCUUUGCUAAUGAAAAAGAGUGAUGCUGUUCCUGGGAAUUACACUUGUGAAGUUACAGAAUCGAACAGAGAAGGAGAAACAACAGUGGAGCUAAAAUAUCACGUGGUUUCAUGGUUUUAUCCAAAAGAAAACAUUCUCAUCGUUAUCUUCCCGAUUUUGGCUAUACUGCUUUCCUGGGGUCAAUUUGGUAUUGUGACGCUUAAAUAUAAAUCCAACUGUACAAGUGAGAAAACUAUCGGAUUAAUUAUUGCUGGAUUAGCUCUCACUGUGGUAGUCAUUGUUGGGGCUGUUCUCUUUGUGCCAGGUGAAUAUUCAGUAAAGAAUGCUUCUGGACUUGGCUUAAUUGUAAUCCCUACUGUGACAUUAGUGCUACUCCAGUAUUGUGUAUUUAUGACAGCCUUUGGGAUGACCCUCUUUGCCAUUGGGAUAUUGAUUCUGCAGAUAUUGGGUUACAUACUUGCUAUAAUUGGACUAAGCCUAUGCAUCACAAAGUGUUCCCCUAUGCAGGGCCCUCUCAUGAUUUCAGGCUUGGGCAUCAUUGCCCUUGCGGAAUUGCUUGGUCUAGUUUACAUGAAAUUUGUGGCUUCCAAUCAGAAGACUAUACCACCAUCUAGGAAAGCUGUAGAGGAACCCCUUAAUGCGUUUAAAGAGUCAAAAGGAAUGAUGAAUGAUGAGUAAUUGAAAAGGAAUGAUGGACUCUGAUGUGGAGGAUAGUAGAUGUGAAUGGAAUAUACUUGUGCUCAAACACCAUGGCCUGGAUUCGCUUUCUGAAGAGAAGAAAAGGAGGAAAUUCACCGGUUUGCAUCACCCUUAAAUGAUUGCUACAGUUAAGUUUAUAUUCAAAACAGCUGUAAUUUAGUUAAUUAAAAAUUUAUAAAGAUGUAUAUUGUAUUGCCCAAUUGAGAACUAGUUUGGGGGGAAUCAUUUUGGUUUAUUGUUCAUAGGGACAAAGGUAGAGGUUGUACCUUUCCAGAAUGAUACCUUUAUCAAACCCCAUGUCUUUAUUUCCCGUAAUUUGUUGGGUUUCUAAAAACUGGUUAAAGGUAAAAUUGACCCUGUACCAGCUGGUGGCUGCUCCAAGGAGUCUAUGACACACGAAAAUCAAUAGUUUCCAUCUCACUUUGAAGGAUAGCAUUCCCAGGAGCACAUUUGGCAGGCAGUGUUUAUUGGGCCACAGAAUAUCUCUGCUACUUCUGGGUCAGGAGAAAUCGUUCAUUUAGGGUCAGGUCAAAAGUCCCUUGCAUCUUGCAUUGCUGCCUAGUGUUUGUCAUAUGUGGAUAGAGGCCUUCAUUCUGGAGAGGUUACCACUCUUGCAUCUUUGCUAAAUGUGAAAUGUAAUAGUCAAAAACUUCUCUAGAUUCUGGUUGUUAACUGAGGCCCUGCAGCUUAACCUUGUGAUUUUCUUGAUAUUUGUUUUUUGUUUUGCUUUGUCCCCACAACCUUUUAAAUCCUGUCUUGUCCUCCUGUUAAUUGCUCUGUCUUACAAGAUGUUGAGUCUUUCCUCUUCCUUGAAUCAGGUCCUGUGACAAACUCCUAUCAGGUUGCUGAAAGGGAUGGGUUUUGUUCCCAGAGCACCGCUUUCCAGUCUUAAUUUUUUGGCAAAAAUAACAUCAGCAUUCCCUUCCCCUAAACUGAGGGUAUUAUCCAGUGUUAUUUCACAUAUUUUUGGGUCUGGGGCAUGAAAAACCAAGAUGGAGAUUUGAGCUUUGUUCCCCUGCAUGGCAGUACAGCAUAGUUGCAUCACCAUCAGGCCAGCUCCUCCAGAGGGCCUUUUUUUUAACUACUGUCGUAUCUAUGUUGCAUGGAAAAACAACUCACCACCACCAUCCUCUCGUAUUCCCACCUCAACCUCUCCCUUCUCUAAAGACUAAAAAGUUAAAAAAAAAACAAACCACAAAACCUUUCCUACCCUGGUUUGAAGUUUAGCAUUAUGGCAGCUGUGAUUGCCUGUACUUUUAGAUUAUUAGCACUCGUUUUUACCUUGUUCAUGUGUCUGUGAGUGAGUGUGUGUCUGUCUGUCUGUGUGUUUGUGUGAUAGGCACAUGCUUGUUUCAUGUGGACAAUUGGGGUGAAAAGAGCAAAUACCAAUUUUUCUACUUUUAGUAGAAUUAUUUAAAACAAAGGUGUUUAUUAGAUAGAAUUGGUCAUUAAAGUAAUUUGGUUAUCAAAAAAAGUCAA